UCCCAGCAGCCCCCGCGUGACGUUACUUCCGGGUGUACGGGGCGGGGCUCGGUGUAGUCGCGAGCGGGAUGGAACGCGGGUGUCUGAUGGAGACCUCGGGCAGCGCGGCCGAGGAGGAGGAGGAGGAGGAAGAAGAGGAGGAAGAGGAGGAGAAAGCACCGGAACCGCGACCCAGGACCCGGUCCAACCCCGAGGGUGCCGAGGACCGAGCCCUGAGCUCGCAGAGCAGCGUGGGAAACCGCAGCGAAGGGGGAGGGGGAGGCGGCCAAGCGCCGACGAGAGCCCCCCGGCCCCCACCCCACCACCCCGAUGGCACCGCCUGGCCCGGCCCCGCCACCCACCCCGAGGUCCAAGUGAAGACCCCGAGGGUCAACUGCCCCGAGAAGGUGAUCAUCUGCCUGGACCUUGCAGAGGAGAUGGCUCUGCCCAAACUGGAGUCCUUCAAUGGCUCCAAGACCAACGCCCUGAACAUCUCCCAGAAGAUGAUCGAGAUGUUUGUGAGGACCAAGCACAAGAUUGACAAAAGCCGAUUUGCCCUGGUGGUGGUCAACAACGAUGCCACAUGGCUCUCGGGGUUCACCUCCGACCCCCGGGAGGUUUGCAGCUGCCUCUACGACCUGGAGACCGUGGUCUGCAAAUCCUUCAAUCUGGAAGGUCUCUUCACACUGAUCCAGCAGAAGAUUGAGCUGCCCGUGACAGAGAACAUCCAGACCAUCCCCCCCCCCUACGUGGUCAGAACCAUCCUGGUCUUUGGGCGACCCAGUUGCCAGCCCCAGUUCUCCAUGUCGGAGCAGAUGAAGAAGAUGCUUCACUGCCCCUACUUCUUCUUCGACGUGGUUUACAUCCACAACGGGCUGGAGGAGAAUGAGGAGAAGAUGAGCUGGAAGGAGAUGUUUGCCUUCUUCAGCAGCUUGGACACCAAAGGCACCAACUACAAAUACGAGGUGGGGGUGGUGGGUCCAGCCCUGGAGCUCCACAACUGCAUGGCCAAGCUCCUGGCCCACCCCCUCCAACGACCCUGCCAGCCCCACGCUGCCUACGGGCUGCUGGAGGGGGGGGACGAGACCCCCGAGGGGGAGGCCACCGUCUGACACCCCCCCUACCCCCUGGGGACAUCACCCCCACCUUGGGGACACCCA